AUGGGUCACGAUAUUGCGAAGCGCUCUGUUGUGGUAACUAGCAAAGCUGCUGGUGUUAGAUCCGCAGAUAUUGCUGAGAUUGUGGGCCUUACGAAACGUACGGUUGAUCGGAUCUAUGAACGAGCUCUUGCUAAGGGGUUCGACGCUACCCUACGCCCCUGGAAUAUCUCUGACGCUAUGCUUGCUGAUGCCCCUCGCUCUGGGCGCCCGAAAAAUUUAUCGUUAGAAUUAGAAAAUGGAGUAGUUACGAAAGUAUGCUAUAAUCGUUAUGGGCGAGAAAGGAGUUGCGCUGAUAUUGCUAGAGAUAUUAGUCUUGAAGGGUUUAAGAUGUCUUCCAAUACGACCUGGCGAAUCUUGAAGAAAGCUGGAUUACGAAACCAAGUCUAUCCGGAAGCCUGGCUUGACGAAAACCAUGCGUAG